AUGGGCCGCUAUUCGGAAUACCUUGUUAUCGGUCGGCACCUGCCCACGGAGAGGGACCCCGUCCCUGCUCUGUACAGGAUGCGGAUCUUUGCUCCCAACGAGACGAUCGCCAAGUCGCGUUUCUGGUACUUUGUUCGUCAGCUCCGUAAGAUGAAGAAAGCCACUGGUGAGAUUGUGACUGUAAACAAGAUCGAGGAGAAGAAGCCUUUGAAGGUCAAGAACUUUGGUGUCUGGCUCCGCUACAACUCCCGCUCUGGUACGCACAAUAUGUACAAGGAGUACCGCGGCAUGUCCCGUGCCGAGGCCGUUGAGAACAUGUACCAGGACAUGGCUUCUCGCCACCGUGCCCGUUUUGGCAGCAUUCACAUUCUCCGUGUCGCUGAGAUCGAGAAGGUCGAGGACCUCCGUCGUCCUUACCUCAAGCAGCUCACCACCAAGAACCUGCGCUUCCCUCUUCCCCAUCGCCGCUCUCGUGCUGCGGGCAUCUAUGCCGCGCACCGCCCAUCGACCUUCUACUAA